UCGUGGUAACACUAAUCUGGAUCUUUGACCCGUACCCGACCCGGCUCUAUAUACACUUGUUCUUCAUCGUCAUCAAUCAUUUCUGAAGAUCAUCACAAGCUAAGAAAAUGGAGAGCGAUUCAGAGAUGGUUCCGUUUCCUCAAUUACCGACGCCGAUUGAAACCAACUACAGAGCUUGCACCAUUCCUUAUAGAUUCCCUUCUGAUGAUCCCAAGAAAGCCACUCCUAGUGAAAUCUCGUGGAUCAACGUCUUCGCCAAUUCCAUUCCUUCUUUCAAGAAACGUGCAGAGAGCGAUACAACGGUUCCAGAUGCUCCUGCUAGAGCUGAAAAAUUUGCAGAAAGAUAUGCGGGAAUUCUUGAAGACUUGAAGAAAGAUCCAGAGAGCCAUGGCGGGCCACCAGAUGGCAUUCUUCUAUGCCGACUUCGUGAGCAAGUACUCAGAGAAUUAGGAUUUAGGGACAUAUUCAAGAAAGUGAAGGAUGAGGAGAAUGCAAAGGCUAUAUCACUAUUUCCUGAAGUUGUCAGUCUGAGUGAUGCUAUUGAAGAUGACGGAAAACGGUUAGAGAAUUUGGUGAGAGGGAUAUUUGCUGGAAACAUCUUUGAUCUGGGUUCUGCACAGCUUGCUGAAGUUUUCUCAAGGGAUGGUAUGUCUUUCUUGGCUAGCUGUCAAAAUUUGGUUCCACGACCAUGGGUCAUUGAUGACUUGGAAAACUUCCAAGCCAAAUGGAUCAAGAAGUCUUGGAAGAAGGCAGUGAUUUUUGUUGAUAAUUCUGGUGCAGACAUAAUUUUGGGUAUUUUGCCAUUUGCAAGAGAGUUGCUCCGUCGAGGAACUCAGGUGGUGCUGGCUGCUAAUGAGCUACCAUCUAUCAAUGACAUAACAUAUACCGAGCUUACAGAGAUCUUGUCACAGUUGAAGGAUGAAAAUGGCCAAUUGAUAGGCGUUGAUACUUCGAAGCUUCUGAUUGCAAAUUCGGGGAAUGACUUACCAGUUAUCGAUCUCGCAAGAGUAUCACAGGAGCUUGCUUACCUUUCAUCUGAUGCCGACUUAGUCAUCUUAGAAGGCAUGGGUCGUGGAAUUGAGACAAACCUUUAUGCUCAGUUCAAGUGUGAUUCUCUCAAGAUCGGAAUGGUGAAGCAUCUUGAAGUAGCAGAGUUUCUCGGAGGACGGCUUUAUGACUGUGUCUUCAAAUACAAUGAAGUUCAGAGCUAAUUAUAUUUCAGUAAUCGCCAGUCUCACUUCUCCCCUACUGUGAUUUUUUACUGAAUCGGGUUCAAAACAUAGGAUACAAAGAGUAAUACUUUAUGCUCCUUUCCAUCUUGAUAUGGUAAUUCAAUAAGAAAAAGCUUUGUUUUUCGCUUAUGAUGGAUAAAGUGGAAAGGCACUUGUUGAAUUAUGCUUGGUUUAUCUAUUUAGUUUCAAUGAAGAAAGUAUGUAUAUUUAGCAAA